AUGGAAUUUCAGAAUGUCGCUGAUUUAAUUGCGUGCCAAGUGAAACCAUUCGUGAAAAAGGUGAUUCUGAUGCAAUGGAAAUACUCGAGCCCAACAUUGGAAGAUAUUUGCGAAGCAUAUAGCCCUAAACUCGUUCUUCCUGCUUAUAUGGCCACCGUGACUCGAGAAACUGUUAUAACAAAACCUUGCCAAUCAAAUUACCAACUGAACAUGAUCCAGACACCAAAAAAGGUGUGGGCAGCUUCUGUAAGUGGUCCGAAUACAAAAGUAAUAGUUCCACUUGGCGGUGGCGAGAAGUCUAGUGUUGAUUACUUGACACGCGAUGGUCUCGAUUUAGCAUUGAAUUUGUUAUUUUUCGCGACGGCAUAUCGUCUUUCCGAUGGUGCAGAAUUUAAAAAUCUGGAAGAAGCAGAGCAUGUACGGCUUGUCGUUUUUGUCGAAAAGCAUGAGCUUGAAGAGCUGCAGACAUUCAUUGCCCAAAAGCUGUUUCGGGAAUUUGUGCAAGAGUAUCGGCGUUUGGAACGAAUUUUCAUCGAUCUGGAACUCUCGCCGGAAGAGUUGUCGCAAACCGCUUUCAACGCCAAUUAUUUGACAAAGGCGAGAAGUAAAAUGGUACCAUGUGUCGAUUAUUCGAGAGUAGUUCUCAAUGAUGGGCUAGGUCAUCUCGAUGAUCGGGAAGCUUUGAUUAAUGGAAUGUUCGAAGGGGAGCACGAGUUUGAGCAUGCAACUCCUAACACAUAUGGAACCACAGAUUUCAUCCAUGCAAAUUACGUGCGCGGCGGACCUCUUCUAAACACAUUUAUUUGUGCCCAGGCUCCAUUAAAAAACACACAGGAAGAUUUUUGGCGAAUGGUUUUCCAAGAGAAGAGUCAACUCAUUGUGAUGCUCAAUUCGGCUGUUGAUGUGUCAACACUCGGACCAUUGGAUUCGGCAAACCGAAAUUAUUGCCCUUAUUAUUGGCCAAAAUGUGAAAAAGAGGAACUCAGGUUUGGACCAUUUAUUAUCAAAUGCUUAAGUGUCGAUUGCAAAGCGGAUCCAUUGUUCACGAUAACAAAAUUGAAAAUCAUUAAAGUAACGAACGAUUUUGACGACGAAGAUGAUGAGCUCGUGCUAGAACAUUGGCAAUGGGAUUGGCAGUACCUUGGAGAUGUUCAUUGGCCAUUCAGAGUGCUUAGAAAAGCACGAUUACUAAAAACACCGACGAUUAUUCAGUGUCUGGAUGGUUGCGGAAAAGCGGGAACUUUGGUCGCAAUUGAAGCUGCUUUAAUGCAUUUUGUUCGAGGUUCGCCAGUUUGCAAAUCGCUGAUUCUGCAAUCGUGCGUAUUCGUCCGAAUGCAGCGCCGCUUGUCGGUCUCAUCAGUCCUUCUCUAUCUGUUCAUUUAUCGCGUUGUGCUUCGCUGGAUUGAACCGUACGUGUCGAAAUGGUACCAGCGAGUCGCGCUCGGUCUCCGAUUCCCCUCAAUCGGAUUCAUCGAAAAAUUCAACUCGAUGUCACAAGAACUCACUCGAAUCACACCGCCUUAUUAA